AUUCUGCCGCCAGGGGCAACGCGAAUAUGGAAAAGGUCGUGAUGUUGCUGCCAGUGGUUCAGCCCGCGUUUGGCGGCGGUAAUUUAGGUUGUGGCAUGUUUAGGUGUGGGGUUUCGCGUUCUUCAAUCUGUUGAAUGUUUGCGCACUCGACCGUGAUAUACAUUUAUGCACAUUGCUCCGGGAAAAAAUCUGAGCACGAUCAAAGUGUUGUGGCUAGGUUGUGAAUGCUGCAAAAGGAAAUCUAAGUUCUUGCUAGGGCUACUUCAGUGGCCCCUGACCAACAGUACCAUGAUCAAAACACGUCUGAGAUCUAGGAAAGCCCAGGACACACCAUCUGCUGUAGAAAAGUCUACUACAACAGCCAAGAAAAACCUAAAAAGAGCGCCAGUUCCACAAGAAGCUGGAAGCGAAAAGCACGAACAGGAUAAGCACGUAACAGGAAAGGUUUCAAGGAAGAAAAGAUCUGCCCCCGUUAAAGUAGCCUAUUGUGAUGGACCUAAGCCACUGUCAAACGAUCAGACGUCCAGUUAUUUCUCAUGGAAGCCCGACUACUGGGAAGAGGCUUUAGACAACAUACGAAAAAUGAGGCAAGACAAAGAUGCUCCUGUUGACACAAUGGGCUGUGAGAAGUGCCACGACGAAACUGCACCAGACAAGGUGAUGAGGUACCAAAUGCUAGUGUCGCUGAUGCUGUCAAGCCAAACAAAGGAUGAGGUGACGCAUGCAGCUGUGAAACGGCUUUGCGGGCUCGGCCUCACUCCAGAAUACAUUGCAGCUGCGGACUUGAACAAAUUGGAAGGUGUCAUCUACCCUGUUAGCUUCUAUAAAAACAAAGCCAAACACCUGAAAAAGACCGCUGAGGUACUGCUGGAGAAGUACGAGGGUGACAUUCCAAGUACGGUGGACGAGCUCUGCCGUUUGCCAGGAGUGGGACCAAAGAUGGCCUACUUGGCCAUGUCAUGCGCGUGGAAGAAGACCGUAGGCAUCGGUGUGGACACACACGUGCACCGCAUCGCAAACCGUCUGCAAUGGAUGCCUGCCCCCACCAAAAACCCGGAGCAGACGCGGAAGGCUCUCGAAGAAUGGUUACCAAGAGACUUGUGGGCUGAAGUGAAUUGGCUUCUGGUUGGGUUUGGACAGACUGUUUGCAAGCCUGUGGGACCCAAGUGCUCUAUGUGCCUCAACAGGGUCAUCUGCCCAUUUGCAAGCACACAAAAAGAGAAAGGCAGCUCAUCGUAAAGGAAAUAGGCAUAUAUGUAUGUUUGAUUUUUAUACGGCAUAUUGUUUGAGGUUAUGAUGUGGAUUUUACGUGUACAUAUAUUUAGAAGGAAUGAGCCCCGAAGUUCCGGGUGGUGCUGUACAUUAAACUGGUUCUGUUCAUGAAAGAAGUAUUGUGGAAUGUAAAACAUCAUUGAACUAUUGCGAGGCGAGAUAUGUGGGCAGUCGCACGCAGCCAUGGUCCCAUUGGUUUGCGUUGUCCUUCUUUCACAGAAGCAUUUUGUUCAUCCUGCCCCUGUUUCAUACAUGUACUACAUGCUGGCAAGCCCAACAGUAGGUGGUGCUGUCACAGCCCCAUUGUGCAUAUUAUAACUGAAGGUGCCAUAAUGAAUGCUGAUAUAUAGUGAAUUUCUACUCAUGCUGAAGCGGCAGUUUGCCUUGAAAGAUCGAGUGAACUUUCAGUGACACUGUUCCACACAUCAGCAAGACUCACUCAUGUUCAACGUGGCAAAUGAGAUGAGGAUGAGUGAGCAAACAGAGAACGGAACAGGUUGACGACUGAACGGGAGUCACAAGUGCCAAAGUUUCCUCUGUUCAUCUUCACAUUCAAGGGAUGCUCUCAUAGGCCAUGACUUACUCAGAACUCGUGGCAUUCUAUUUGCCAUCGUUGAUAAUGCGUUCGUGGAAGAAGUCAAAUUAAAAAGAGCUGUAUAGCUUCCUACGAGCUGCACUGCAUCUGCUAUGUUGACGAAAGAAACACAAAAUGAAGUUUCCAAUUCUCUUGGGCUGCCUAAAGGAGACAACUAGGGUGGCUGUAACCUUGUAACGUCCCAACUGCAAAGGGGAAGGAUGACUGGGCCUAACGAAGGGCCCAAUCAUAUCGCUCAACUUGAGAGGAUCCCUCCUGGGACGUGGAACCGACAUACAUGCAGUAUUCCAGGUGGCGUGCUUGUGGCCCAGACUGCAAACUAUGUACCGUAUUUUCAUGCGUAUUAGCCGCGGCUUAUGCGCGUUUUUUUUUUUUUUUUCGCGGACGCUCUGCGGCUUAUCCACGGGUGCGGCUUAUCUGAUAGCUAUUUUUCCCUGGUAUUUUCGCCAUACUCCGGAUUAAACGAAAGGGCCGACAGUGCCUCAUGUUUUUCGGAACAGGACCGCCCUGCCAGUGCACGAACAGGGCCGGUCACAGGGAGGGUCCACAUUCGAGUAGACUGACCUUCCGAAUACAUUCCCCCACGCAGCUUUAACAAAAGGGGUGACAGUGAUUACUGUCUCCUGGAACACCACUACCUCGUCAAUCCACAAAAAACAUGCAACAAGGGCACAAUCCGAUCUUAGUAGAACACUAGAACUGACCCCCUUUGUUAUACAUCAUGCCGACACCGGAAUGUGGACCACAGGGUUUAUGGCCUUCCCUACGGUCUCCUUUAUCGGCUGACCCACAGGAAGGGUUCAAUACACCUGACAUCGGGAUAAAACGUGGUCAGCUAAGCGCCAGUUCUCAUUUGACCAGAGCAGCAGCAUUUGUGGACACGGGCACGGCAGUUAGAGGUAAGGCAUGUCUACAACGCGGAGGCACAGCUACGACAGCGGCUUCAAACUAAAAAUCGUCGACGUCGCGGACCAGUACGGGAACAGGGCCGCUGGCAGGGAGUACGGCGUUCCAUUUGUGUUUUUUUCUUUAGCCCCUGGCCCUUUUUUGGUGGGAUACCCUGUAUAAUGGCGGAGGGCACAGCAUAAAAUGCGACAUAUGAGCAACGUUUCUUGCACCAAGAAAGUCAACCAUGGUGAAAACAUCCUGUGAUAAAAUAUGUUCUAUUAGACAUACGAUUCAAAAUAUAUUUCGCAUCUACAGCACAUACUGUUUGUAAACGACAAGGCUCUUCCUUCAGCCUAGGGACUCCUGGCGAAGGCAGGUUGAACUGUUUAGCGAUACUAUAUGAACCCCAGCGCAGAGAAACAAACGCCUGUCACAUUACAACCCACACGCGUACAGUGUCACAAGCUUUGACAGUACACAAUAAACAGUCGACAAUAUGUUCAAGAGCCAGCAUUAAGUCUUACAACACCAAAGGAGCUUUGUGCCAUUUAAGUUACAUUAUAAAUUACAUUAAUUCUUCUUUCUCUUUGUUAUAGCUGAGGUGUUCGCACAUGGGAUAGGACAACUGAUAACAUACAAAACUGGGGGGGGGGGGGUAAAAACAGGUUUUACCAGGUUCAACCCUCACACACAAGGUUCUAAUUACACAUAAACACAGUGAAAGCUGGUUAAUCUGUAAACUGCCAUUAAAUGGUGCAGCAACAAUGCUGUAUAGUUCAAAGGCAAUAUUACAAACAUGCACAGAAAACAAAAAAAAUAAAUGAGCUGAAAGUUCAAUUCAAGUGUCAUAUUUAUGUAUGGUGCACAUAAGAUACGAGCUUGCAAACUGGGCAAUGGAAUGGUUUCUCUCGUCACAUCUGAAUUAUAUAAUUAUACAUCAGAAUACAUCAAUUAAUCACAUAAGCAUUACACACUGGCAGAGAAUGUGUGUGGUCACAUUGGUAUCAAUAAUACCUGACAACUGUCAGACAACAAGCACACACAUCACCAACUGUGCUAGCAGUGCAAAGAGGAGAAUGCAGUGCAAGAGCGAGCCUGUGCAACAAUUUUUCUUCUUCUUCUUCACUUUCAUUUCAUAAAGUGAUUGACUGAAUGACGCAUCUGUACAACAGGCAGGCAACAUGCACCGUUUCAAUAAUAGUAGGUUGCUUACUACACUCCCACCUGUCGCAGACACGCACCUAAUUUAUGCGCAGAUAGAGAAUACUAAUGAUUCAUUUACAUCUAUCCUCAGGCGCAACUGCAUUAAAAGGCCCAGAUGAAAGGCAAGAAAUAGGACGAGUGCACACUGUAAUCAAAGGAAAAAUUCUACAAGUACUGAAUAUUAAGACCACGGGACUGUUUCCAUUACUAUUGUUACGCUCCUAUUUCAGGUUCUGCUACAACAUGGUUAGGUUGGUACUUUGCAUUACACAGAGUUUUGCACCAUUAACUCUGGUACCAAAGAUGCUCAUUGCUGAGUGCCGCCUACGCACAUCUGAUCAUACUGCUCUUCAAGUACACGACCUUGCACUCUGAAGCUAUUAUAUGUAGAAAAUGCUAUGUACAUGUUCACGAUUGAACAGGUACUUUACCCUGACGUGCAAUACAGCUUUUAAAGCAUUCCAGAAAAGUAAACGUUAGGGAGUGCGACACUGAAGAAAAAGUACUUUGGACAAAGGAUCAUGGGGGAGGUUAUCCAAAUCGUAAAAACCAAAGGGGGCAAGCGGUUUAAUAUAUGAUUUCCUGUCCCACAGCCUAUCGAACCUGGAAACGAUCCUGUCUAUUCGAGUGAAAGAGCCCAACCCUACAGGUACCACAAGAUGAAACGUUGGCACGGAAGCAAGAGCGAGUGUUCUUUGAGAAAAUGUACACACACAAUGAGCCUUAAAGGUCAAGAGACACGAAAACAACACGUGAAAUGCUCCCAGUUUCAAGCUUUUCCCUGCUUAUCUGUAGGUUACUAGAAUGGGACUUUGAGCAUGUUGCAGAACGGUUGACAUAAAACAAUUAAGCGGAAUCCACAAUACACACAGUGGAUCGCUAGAAACCAAAAUAUAGGUGGAAUUUCACGUCAGCGUUUAGUUUAGUACUUUUUCUAGCAUGUUUUGAGCAGAUGCACUGUGCACAAAUUUGUGCUAAUUUUGCAGCUGGCAACAGCUCGUUUCCCAACAAUCAAAGCGAGAAAUUUUAGUUGAAUAAGGGGCAUUAACAUUAUUGCUGAAUGAAAUGAGUUAUGAAGUAGUGUAGUAACUGUGCGAGCCAUUUAAAGCGGUCUCAAGCAGGCAGUUUUCAAAGGCAGAAUAGUAUCCCAGUCCACAAGCUGGAACCAGUUGGGGGGUCAUGCUGGUUCUGAAUGGUUCUUGUGUGUUUGAACUGUUUUAGCAAACCACGGGAGACCAGCUGAGGUGGUAUAAGCAGGAAAUCUGACCAGUUGAGAUGGUUCCAGCAGAACUGGAGUCCAUGUACAAUUGUGCUAAGCUGGAUAAUAUCCAGUUCAAAGGCUUCCAGCAGAGCUGGAGUCCAUGUACAACUGGUUUAAGCUGGAUAAUAUUCAGUUGAAAGGGUUCCAGUUGGAUCCAUCUGAGCUGGGAUUUGCUCCAUAAGCCAGCUUAGAUGGAACCACUUGAGUUUCCAAAUGGUUCCAGCUUGUGAUUUUCGACUGAGAUGUCUGGUGGGCUCUUAAACAUUUGUGGGAAUGGUACCUGUAAUCACCCAUCUAGAACUUGACGAGCAUGAUUAGCAAGAAGGUUGUUUGGCAUAAAAUUUUAAUGAAACAGUAGCGUUGCACUGUGACAACAUCACAUCUACUAUUCUUUGGUGCAUUACAUCUGCAAAUGUUUAAUGAUUUUGUUUGGCAUUUUGUCGACACCUAUAAUCGUGUAUUAUAUGUAAAAAAUAGUGCUGUUUUGUGGUAAUUUCACUAACUGGCAUGUUCUGGGCCACUGUGAUUCCCUAUAAUGUGUACCAUAAUGACAUAUGAUUUCCACGUACAGAAAACUCUCUAGCCAAGUUAAUCUGUUCUGAUCUGGGAAAUGCAUCCGUCGAUAAUGCCGUUUUGUCAUGCUGUCCCCUACAUCUGUACCCGAACGUUUAUUACUCUCACGAUUGUACAACAAAGCAUGAAGGGGUGCAAGCAGCAGUGCUAUAGACUGUCAUCACACCACUAGUAGCUAAAUCCUAAGUACAAAUGCAGUUUGCAACUGUGGAAGGCUACCCCAAAGAGUAUGAAAAUGACUAAUAUAGUGCCUGGCCUGGUUGUUUGUGCUUAUAACAGAGAGAGGGAGAUAACGGAGUGGGGAGAUACAGGUUCCACUGAUUGGCUACCCCUGAGCAAUUAUGUAAGGUCACAUGGUGAGUAAAAUCUUAAAAUGAUGAUGUGAUGUCUCCUCCCUACACGAUGUUACACGACUAUGCUGACCAAUGUGUGAUAAUACGCCCAUAUUUCAAAACGAUACAGUAGUAGCUGAUUGUAUUUCAAGUGUUGAGUUCCAAUUUUUGCCCACGACCCUUUCGUUUUUGGUUGAAAAGUUUGCUAGUUACCUGAGUGAAUAUGGUAUGUUUUGUGGGUGUUUCAGUGUUCUGUCAAACACUCAGUAUGGUUAGAGACUAUUCUGCAAUUAACACACCUGUUCUCACUAAUCAUUACUUCCAGGAUUACUUUCAAUACUAUGUAAGUUACUUUUGCAAGUAAUUUGCAUUGCUCUGGAGGCUAGUUUUGAAAUUACUUUGCAUGUAAUUUGGCAUGCGUUGCAUGCAAAAAGGUAGUCUUUCACUGUGGCAUUUUUAAGGCAUUUAUCAAAUUUCUGUUACGCUUUCGCAGCAUCAUGGUUAUAUGCAUCUGCUAAGCACAGAUUGCUCAUCAUCGUACCCUACCGGCCAUUUCAUUUGUCCUUUCAAUAAAUACUUCCAUAUUUGUUCUCAGGGAAGUAUAAUAAAGUUACACAUCUGUUAUAUAUUGAAAUGAAUGGAAGGUGGUAUGAAUAAAUUACUUUUCAGUACAACUAUAAUGGCAAUUAAAUUAUAGCUAUGACGUUGUAAUUUGCUGCAAUUUAAUCACUGUUAGGAGCAUCUCAUUGUAAUCAUAAUUCAAUUAUACUUCUGAAUAGCAAUUUUUACAGGUCUGGUAACUAAAAAUUAUAUUCGCAAACACGUCGAUGACUGAAGCCUAUUAUCACAAAAGGUGGUACACUUUGUGUACACUGUUCCAACAAGUUGCAUUGUGGCACUUAUAUGGAAACCAACAAAUGAAAAAAAAAAAAAUAAUAA